CUCUGUCAUUUAAACACAUUUUUAAAGACUUAAGCCAUUCAAGAGCGAUGCAAGGACCAGAAGUGGUCGACUCGAGAAGUCGUUUUCGAUUUAUUGAGUCCUGUCUCGGCUUGAUGGGCUGUUUGUGUAUCAGCUAUGCGAUCUGGACACCUCGGUGGCUGGAUGACCGGGGUCUGUGGACCUCAGGGAAUGAGACCAGACUGGAUGACAGCUGGACCACUGAAGACAUUGCUAAAGCUCUGGAGGCUGAGAGAGUGUUUGCAGUGGUGGCUUUCCUGAUGUCGGUGAGCUCUGGACUGCUGUGUCUCAUGUUUGCUCUCUGCUGGACGUCUCAAACGGUGCGUUCCUACUCAAACACUCGCUCGCUGCUGAUGGCAGGCCAGGUGCUUGAUCCGACCACCCUGCUGCUGUUCACACUUGUACCUACAGGGUUUUUCUUUUUUCUCAGCUGGGCGCUUUUUACACAUGAACAUAUUGGUGAGAUCAGGGAUGAUGUCAGUCGACUCGGUCCAUCCUAUUGGCUGGGAGUGGUGGGUUGGGCUUCUCUAUUGGCCGUGCUGCCUGUGGUCUUCCUGGCAGAGAAGUUUGUGGUUCCCGACAUCCUGCCGGAGUUAAAAAAUGCUGCCGAAAUGUGGUGGAAGGCUCCUGAGGUUGCACACGCGCGAUCGUUAAGUGAGGGUUGCCAUCGUUCACAGCAUAAGUCUCAUCCUGACUUCAGGAGGUAUUUGUCAGUGCCUUGAACAAGAGGAAGAAGGUAGCAAGGAAAUACAGAGAAGAGACUCUAGUCUCACUGGUCUUCUAGCCAAAUAUAUGAGCUGAGCAUAUGCCUCACAACAGGGGUGAAGGACCUGGAUGAGAAACCUGUAACUGCUCUCUGCGAUGUUAGACGCAAAGCUACAGAUUAUAAUGUUCAGUGCUGGCUUUGACAGUGACUUCACAGAUUUAUUUGGACGAGGAUGCCCAAAAAUGUGGUUAAUGGACUACCAGAGUUCACUAUCUAAGUGUGAAAUAUAAAGCUGAAAGGAUCUUGAAGUUGCAGAGACGCUAUUUCUCUAUAACUUGUCAUAGUCGUUGUCUGCAGCUGUUACUGUGUGAAUUAUAUACAGUCACUUUCAGGGAUGCAGACUUAAAUGCUUUUCAGAAUGCAUUUUAAAUAUGCUAAAUUAUUAACUAAAACAACAACAACAAAAAACACUAAAAUAGUUUAUAACUGAUUGGGUAAUCUAUAAUAAAAUUACUAAUAAUGGCAAUGGGCAGUACUUAAGUAAUGCUUCAAAUGCAAUCAUUCGUGCCAUAUUUUUUUUU